AUGAGAACACACGCAGCAACAGCCUUAUACUCACUUCUAGCUCUAUACUGCCUAGGAAGUACUUUAUGUGGGCCCAUAACGGACGUUGGUAAACAGUUUCAGCAGACUGGCGGCACUGUCAAUGAUUUGGGCAACAUUGAUGUGGUCAAAGAUGCCGUCAAACCAGUCGGUGGUAAAAUUAUUUCCGAUUUAAAUCCCAUCGAAAACAUCAUAAGUUCGAUUCCAGAUGAAAUCGGUUCUUUAGAGAAGUUAAUUUCUAUACUCAGCAAGCUGCUGUCAACAGUAAAACCCAACGACUCUAAGCUUCCUGUCGAUAGUUCCUCUGAAAUACCAACUGGUUCAGAUUACGAUGAAUCAGAAACGCAAGUUCCAGUCGAUAGUUCCUCGGAAGUACCAACUGGUUCCGACAAAGUGGAGUCAGAAACACAGGUUCCGGUCGAUAGUUCCUCGGAAAUACCAACUGGUUCCGACUACGAUGGUUCAGAAACACAGAUUCCGGUCGAUAACUCCUCAGAAACACCUACUGGUUCCGAUUACGAUGGUUCAGAAACACAGGUUCCGGUCGAUAGUUCUUCGGAAAUACCGACAGGUUCCGACCAAGAUGAGUCAGAAACAGAAAUUCCAGUUGAUAACUCCUCAGAAAUACCAAGUGAUUCCGACUGCGAUGGGUCAGAAACUCAGGCUCCAACCGAUAAUUCCUCUGAAAUACCAACUGGUUCAGAUUACGAUGAAUCAGAAACUCAGGCUCCAACCGAUAAUUCCUCUGAAAUACCAACUGGUUCAGAUUACGAUGAAUCAGAAACUCAGGCUCCAGUCGAUAAUUCCUCAGAAAUACCAACUGGUUCAGAAACACAGGUUCCAGUCGAUGUUUCCUCAGAAAUACCAAGUGUUUCUGACAACGAUGAGUCAGCGACACUAACUGAAUCCAACCUGAUACUUUCUCAGCAGUACCAAUUGAAUCUAACACCGAAUAUGAUAUUUGGAUACGAAAAGUAUGAUUGGGAGCCCACUUCUUACUGUGAAGGCUUAAACAAGACUUAA